AUGGGUAGAAAGAAUAAAUGGGAAUCACUUAUCAAGCUAGAUGUGCAAGACAUCUCCAACGAGGGAAAUAAUUUCUCAAGUGAAGACCUUGAAUGGACACCAAUUGGAGAUGAUAAUAACCGACAUAUAGACUUAUGUGCUGCUAUCCCUUUUGAGAGACUCUCUCACUUUGUCCAAGGAGAAGGUUUAUUGGAUGACACUGAGACACAAUUUGUAAUUAAAAAGCAUAAAGUGUACAAUUUGACAGAACCUAAUGACCAUGCCACCAAGAUGUAUUUAAGUUAUCAUUGUGCUUAUGGGCUUGAGGAUAGAAGAAAUAAACCUGAAAACAAUCUUGAAAAAAUGCAAAGGAUACGAAGGUUUACUCAAAAAAGGGGUUGUCAAGCCCACUUUUAUGUUAAGGUUAUGUAUGGUAGACCAAAUGUUGCAAUCAUCACAUAUAAUGAGUUUAGCCAUCAAGAUGCUAAUGGUGAAUUUUGUCAUGGAAAGGAUGACCCUUCUGGUGAUCCAAGAAGUAGUGUUGCACCAAGAUUAUCAAAUGAAUGCAAAUCAUAUAUUGAAUCCUUAUUGUUGAUGGGUGUGUCAAUUGACACAAUAUGUGAACAACACUAUUUGGAUCGUGGUUUGACAAAGUUGAUGAAUAAGAGGGACACAUGCUUGUUGAGGAAGGAUGUAUUGAAUGCAUGGAAAAGAGUACGCUCUCUUCGAUCACAAAAAAAUGAAGAUGAUGCAAAAAGUGUAUGUUUGUGGCAUGAAGAGGAGAAAGAUAACUUCUUCUACUAUAAAACACCAAACAAUGAGGAAAAUGUUCCAUUUAUCAUAGGCAUUCAAACACCAUGGAUGCGGGAGAUGAUGGUGAAACAUUCACAUAACUCAAUUAUUGCAAUGGAUUCCACAUUUUCAACAAACAAAUAUGGGUAUCAAUUAUAUUCCUUGCUCGUAUUUGAUGAACAAGAGGCUGGUGUGCCUGUUGCAUGGGCCAUAUCUUCAAGAAAUAAAGUUGAAGAUAUAAAUGAAUGGUUGAUGGAGGUUUACAAGAGAGGGAAACAAGAUAAAGAAGAUUGGCAUGUCAAUGCAUUCAUGACAGAUGAUGCUAGUGCAGAGAUUGAAGCAAUCAGGUAUGUUAGUAAUAAGGAUGUUGCAACACAUAUAUUUGAUAGAUUGGGUGAGAUAAUGUAUGAAAUAAGUGAUGAUCAAGGCAUCACUACUCAAUCGAUCAAAAAUUUUAUGGAGGAAUUCAAAGAAGAGAAGAAAUUUAUUGAUUACUUUCAAAAUACUUGGUGUCAUGAUGAGAGUCGUAUUGCAAUGUGGGCAAAACAUUUUCGAAACUUCUCUCAUGCAAAUCAAGAAACCAAUGCUUCUAUAGAGUCAUACCACUCCCACAUUAAGAGUCACUAUUUAAGUGAUCGUUCUAAGAAAUGCACAAGGAGAAUGGAUUGGCUUAUUCAUACACUUCUUCAUAGAGUAGAACCAUUCUACAAAAAUAAAAGAUAUUUGCAGUUAUCUGGAUUCCUCACAAACUUCAAAAAGGAAAGAUAUUACAUAACUGCUCUAGAGAGAUCAAAAAAUAUAGCAGAUGCAGAUUGUUUUCUAUAUGAUCUCCUCCCUAACACAUAUAGGAUAAGAAGCCAAACAAUUCCAACAAAAUGGUAUUUUGUUAGGAAAUUUGAACCAAAUUUGCAUGUGUGUGAUUGUGAUUGGGCAAAAAGAGGAAACACAUGCAAACAUGUGUUGAAGGUCUUAGAUAUUCUAAAGAGAAACAAACCAAAUGAGCAAGACCAGGUUGUUGAUGAUGUUACUCUACUGGUUGAUGAUAUUGAUGAAAUGGUUGCAUACCCUCAUAAGAUCAAGAUGUGCAUGGGGUUGUCGUUGGUGAAGCUCAAAGAACUGAUGGUUGGAUAUCAUCUAAUACUUCUAAUGAUGGAUUUCAAAGUUCCAUUGAUUAUUUAA